UGGAAAGACUGCAAUGUAGGAGAUGGGCACGGUGAGAGGGUCUGUUCGUGCGUUGGAGAAGUGUUUCUCGUGCUGACUAGAUAAUAUACCGAGUUACUAUCUAUUCUCUGUUUUAUCCCUCGCUUUUGUAUGUUCAUUUUUUACACAAGUCGUUACUGACUGUCAUUGUCAGUGUUUUUUAGGUAGAAAGCGGUACAAUUUUUACGGAAAAAACUUUCUCCAGGAGUAACACCGCGCUAGUAGGUUUGAGGAGGUGUAUGUCAGGAUGGCCCAGUGGAACCAGUUACAGCAGCUGGAGACCAGAUAUCUGGAGCAACUGUACCACCUGUACAGUGACAGCUUCCCCAUGGAGCUACGGCAGUUCCUCGCCCCCUGGAUUGAAAGUCAGGACUGGGCUUAUGCUGCCAAUAAGGAGUCACAUGCCACACUGGUGUUCCACAACCUCUUGGGGGAAAUAGACCAGCAGUAUAGCCGUUUCCUGCAGGAGAACAAUGUUCUCUACCAGCAUAACCUGCGCAGGAUUAAACAGCAUCUGCAGAGCAAGUAUUUGGAGAAGCCAAUGGAAAUUGCCCGCAUAGUGGCCCGCUGUCUGUGGGAGGAACAAAGACUGCUGCAGACUGCCACCUCUGCUGCACAGGAUGGCCAGGCAGCCCAUCCUACUGGGACUGUAGUGACAGAGAAGCAGCAAAUCCUGGAGCACAACCUUCAGGACAUCAGGAAGCGUGUGCAGGAUAUGGAACAGAAGAUGAAAAUGCUUGAGAACUUGCAGGAUGACUUCGAUUUCAAUUACAAGACACUGAAAAGCCAAGGAGAGUUGUCCCAGGACCUAAAUGGGAAUAGCCAAGCAGCUGCUACCAGACAGAAGAUGGCUCAGCUCGAGCAGAUGCUCAGCGCCUUAGACCAGCUCAGGAGGCAAAUUGUGACAGAGAUGGGAGGCUUGCUGACGGCCAUGGAUUAUGUGCAAAAGAACCUGACAGAUGAAGAACUGGCAGACUGGAAGAGAAGACAACAAAUUGCCUGCAUUGGAGGUCCACCUAACAUCUGCCUCGACCGCCUCGAAACAUGGAUCACAUCCUUGGCUGAGUCUCAGCUCCAGAUUCGUCAGCAGAUUAAGAAGCUGGAGGAGCUUCAGCAGAAGGUGUCCUACAAGGGAGACCCCAUCAUCCAGCACCGGCCUGCCCUGGAGGAAAAAAUCGUGGACUUGUUCAGAAACCUGAUGAAGAGUGCUUUUGUGGUGGAAAGACAGCCUUGUAUGCCCAUGCAUCCAGACAGACCGUUGGUCAUAAAAACAGGUGUGCAGUUCACAAAUAAAGUCAGGUUGCUGGUCAAGUUUCCUGAACUCAAUUACCAGCUGAAAAUUAAAGUUUGCAUUGACAAGGAAUCUGGAGACGUGGCUGCAAUUCGAGGGUCACGAAAGUUUAACAUCCUCGGUACCAACACAAAAGUUAUGAACAUGGAGGAAUCCAACAAUGGCAGCCUGUCAGCAGAGUUUAAACACUUGACCCUGAGAGAACAGAGGUGUGGUAAUGGUGGCCGGACCAAUAGUGAUGCCUCCCUGAUUGUCACAGAGGAGCUCCACCUUAUCACCUUCGAGACAGAAGUCUAUCACCAAGGCCUAAAGAUUGAUCUGGAGACUCAUUCCCUGCCUGUUGUCGUCAUUUCGAACAUCUGCCAGAUGCCCAACGCCUGGGCCUCCAUCCUGUGGUACAACAUGCUCACUAACCACCCAAAGAAUGUGAACUUCUUCACAAAGCCUCCAGUGGCGACAUGGGACCAGGUGGCUGAGGUGUUAAGCUGGCAGUUUUCCUCCACCACCAAGAGAGGCCUGACCAUUGAACAGCUCACCACACUGGCUGAAAAAUUACUAGGGCCUUGUGUCAACUACUCUGGCUGUCAGAUCACUUGGGCCAAGUUCUGUAAGGAAAACAUGGCUGGAAAAGGCUUCUCCUUCUGGGUGUGGUUGGACAACAUUAUUGACCUGGUGAAGAAGUAUAUCCUGGCACUGUGGAAUGAAGGGUAUAUCAUGGGCUUUAUCAGUAAGGAGAGGGAAAGAGCCCUUCUUAGUCCAAAACCUCCCGGCACUUUCCUGCUACGCUUCAGUGAGAGCAGCAAGGAAGGCGGCAUUACAUUUACAUGGGUGGAGAAAGACAUCAGCGGAAAGACCCAGAUCCAGUCAGUGGAGCCUUACACCAAGCAGCAGCUCAACAGCAUGUCUUUCGCUGACAUCAUCAUGGGCUACAAGAUUAUGGAUGCCACCAACAUCCUGGUUUCACCACUUGUGUACCUCUACCCCGAAAUCCCCAAAGAGGAAGCUUUUGGGAAGUACUGCAGACCUGAAGCAGCUCCUGAACCUGAGAUGGGAGGAGACUCCUCAGGCACUAUUCAGCCAUACUUGAAGACAAAGUUUAUCUGCGUUACCCCGUGUCCCUCCGUGUUCAUGGACUUGCCGGACAGUGAGCUGCUUGGGAACGGAUUCCCAGGCACAAACUCUGGAAACACCAGUGACCUGUUCCCCAUGUCACCUCGCACCCUUGACUCCCUGAUGCACAACGAAGCUGAAGCUAACCCAGGACAUUUGGAUUCACUCACUUUGGACAUGGAUGUGGCAUCACCCAUGUGAAGAGAUUUGUCAAGUUUCCUCUUUUUCAUUUUCUCUCUCACUUUGGGUUGGUGAUAAGAGAAUUUGAUAAUGACUUCUUUCUCCCUCUGUACACAUGGCCUACCUGUACAGUUUGUGUCUUGUCCCUGUAUAAAAAUGACUCACUUUCACACCAUAGGGAAUUGUAUGAUUGUGAAAGGUGUUCUUCCAUAAUGACUCCGCACUUACUGCUCAGAACACCCUCCUCCCAUUCAGUACUUAACCAUCUUCAUACACGUUGGAAGUACCUUUUAAGUAUCUGAAAUUGUAUUUUUUGAAAACAUUGUACAACAUUGAAUUUUAAAAUGGUUAUAAAUUAAUGUGCUCUUUGAAUAAGAAAAUGUAACGAGAAUAAUUGUUGUAUAAGCUAUGCCACUUUUGAAUUGUGCUUUGCUUUAACUGUUUUUAUGCAUCUUUUUCAAUGUGUGCUGUCACAUUUUUAAUCCCUGCCAAAUACAGUGUCAGAGGUGUUCCACGAAACCAUUUAAAAUUGUUUCAGUUUUCUUUUUUUCCUCAAAAUUGAAUAUUUUCUGUAUUUUUCAGAGCCAUUUAAAAAUCUGCAGAGAGAAGAAAAGACAAAUAUAAGACGUUUCUGUGGUUAUUUUCCUGUAAACCUUUUGUCCCUGAUAGUGUUGUGGGAAAUGAUGUGUUUUAUGUCUCUGCCACUUAAAUACUGUAAUUUGUGGUCAUAUGAAUUGCACUUGCUUUUGAAAUUAGUAGUUUUAAUAUCUUUGUUGUGUCUGUAUUCACCUUGUAUGAUCAGAUAUGUAAUGUAAAUCAUUUCAUGAACAGUUUAUUUUCCAAAAACGUGUUACUAAAACAGCCGUGGAUGUUUGACAAAGAUAUUUCAGUCUAACACAGUAAAGUAUGGAGUGGUUGACUUUUAACAUUUCAUACAGCUGAGCAAAGUCACUAAAGUCAGUUUAGUGCAGGCCACAUUUGUCUGUCAUGCUAUCAAAUAUUGAUUUUUUUUUUUGUUUUCUGUAAAAUAUGCUGUAAUUAUUCAUUAUUUGAUAGAAGGCAAUAAAAUCAAGUUAGCCCUAAAA